CAUAAACUCAAACUGCCUACUUACCGUAAAAGCUGUUGACGUGUUAUAACAUUGUUUAUUAAGGACUCGAAACCGCACCAAAGUACGUACGAACUGCAUUUAUUGUUUUAAGGUAUUUCUUAGCCGAUUGCUAUCACCUGUGCUAAUAAUACGUAAGUUGACGUUAUUGACAAGCCUUGCCUGUCACUAUUCCAUUAAAUAUAAGAAGGGUGAUUGAUAGAAAUUUGCCAGUCUAUAGUCUCGUGGCUUUCCGCUGGCGAGAAUGAGGACUAACAUUAUAAUCAUUUGUUUAUUAAUUUUAGAGAUUUGUUGCUUUACGUGCGCUACGGAGAACGAUGAUGGAUCAGAUACAACUAUUAAACCUGAUCACACUACUUCGCCGACAACCCAUAAAUCGACGACAGCUUCCAAAACUACGACUCGUAAGCCUUCAACAUCCACCAAAUUAACAACAACUAAACAUACAACUCCAAAAACUACUAAACAUGCAACCACAACUAAGCCCACAACGAAACAUACAACCACAACCAAGCACACUACGGCAAAGACCACGAAACAUACAACCACAAGUAAACAUACUACACCAAAGCACACUACUACAACUAAACAUACUACCCCAAAAACAACGAAACAUACCACCACACAUAAACCUACAUAUCCGACAACAACUAAACAAGCGACUACCUCUAAACAUUCCACGACAACCAAACACACCACUCCGAAGAUAACGACAACUAAAACCACCACACCAAAGCACACUACCACAAUUAAGCACACUACCCCAAAAGCCACGACACAUACCACCACACUUAAGCAUACUACUCCGACAACAACUAAACACGUGACUACCACUAAACGUACCACGACAACCAAACACACCACUCCAAAGAUAACGACAGUAAAAAAUAACACCCCAAAGCACACUACUACAAUUAAACACACUACCCCAAAAACCACGACACACACCACAACAACUAAACACACCACUCCAAAGACUACGACUCAUACAACCACAACUAAACAUACUACCCCAAAAACCACGCAACACAUUACUUCCACAACCAUUAAACAUACAACACGUAAACCAACAAUUUCGACCACCCCUAAGCAUACUACUACAGCGAAACAUACUACUCCGACAAGCACUACAACCAAACAUACCACUCCAAAGACCACGACAUCGACAACAGUCAAACAGACAUCGCAUAAGCCAACAACUCCGACCACUCCUAAGCAUAGCACCACACUUAAACACACACCUCCGACAACAACUAAACACACGACUACUACUAAACAUACCACGACAAACAAACAUAAUACUCCAAAAACCACGACUAAACACACCACCACAACCAAACGAACGACGCAAACUACAAGUAAACAUAGAACUCCAAUUACAACUAAGCAUACUACUGCAGCCAAACACAGAACUACAACUAGACGUACGACCACAACUAAACGUAGAACCCCAACCACAACUAAACACACUACACCAAAAACAACCAAACAUACAACAUCAAGACAUACCGUUCCCCACAAGCAUACUACCCCAAAACCACACACAACUACAACAACUAGGCAUACUACAGAAGCUGCAUGUACGCAUAGACCAGGUGGUUGUAGAGGCAGUCAAAAAACUCCGUGUGAUGAACAAACAACGCAUAGACCAAGACGCAAUUGCCCUAAUUUGUGCAGCCAUGCAACGAUACCACUUCAUACGUGUAAUUCUCCACAUAACUGCAGAAGGGGACAUCCUGAACAUCACAAUUGCCACCAACGGCCGAAUAGUUGUCACCAACGCAAUAAUAACUGUCACAGGCUGCGUGCGUUAGGAGAACAGAUUGUUGAUUUAAUCCUGUGAGCUGAAAACAUGCGAUUUUUUAUUAUUUAUUAAGCUCUUCGAAAUAUUUAAAUCCAAGAAGAAGAAAGUUGUUCUGAAAUCUAAAAUGUUUUGCAUGCACAUUUAUUACGUAAAUGUUGUCAUGGUAAAUAUGAAAAUUAUAUUAUAUAUCUUUAAGUCUAUUUUGAUCCCUUAUAUGUAUAAAAAAUACUAAUGA